GAUUCUGUCAGCCACCGUUCAAAAGCGUAAAAAACAUCGAACAGUGAACAUCGUGCGCUCUCGUUCGCGCACUGCUUUUACGUUGGGAACAAAGUUCGUUGUUUCGCAUCCCCAGGAUCAGUUCUGGCUGACUGACCGAGAUUUUCAGUGUGGAGUGCUUUAUCAGUGGCGUUGUUUGCUCAGACCAGUUUCAGCUGUCGAACCGGUUGCGUUUGCUGGGGCCAUUUGUCCGCGAACGUAAGGUGAACUAUGUAUUGUUGUCGCGAAUCAAGUGCCACGUAUAGCUGAUAAGUUGAGAAGACUUUAAGAACAGAACAUUAGAUUGGAGAGUGGAGAGUGUGGAAUAUCCCCAAGCGUGGAAACAUACGCAUCGAGUUGGAUAUGAGUGGAUAAGGGUCUCGGCCUAUUGUCUUCAAUCAAUUGAAUUAAUUUCCUUAAUUGAGUUUUGCCACCCGCAUUUGGCACCUUGGCCCCAAUACUCAUGCGAGAAAGGAGCAUCGCAAGACGAACCACAAGAACUCAUCUUAGUCGGAAGAGUGUGGUUGGGGGCGGAAACGAAUAGACAGUGUUUUGAGUGUGACGACGGGUUGUGUUCAUGUGCACUAAUUUGUACACAUAACACCCUCCCAAGUGACUGUAGCUUGUGGGAAGAAGGAAACUCUUAAUAGAAGUGAUUAUUUGUGAGUUGGUUGGUAGUUGGAGCUAGAGAGGUGCGAGAGGAACAUCUGCUUACGAGCGCGCCGCCGAGAUUGAUUCUGGAACGAGAAGGACUGCUUCCGAAGUUGCUCAAGAGGCACUUGAUCAACGCCACCACAUCCCGGGUCCCGGAUAGCCCAACAUGGUUUAUUUCAGCCCACGUGGUAUGCAGCAGCCGUGUAGCCCACCAGGAUUGCCGAUCACUUCCAAGAGUCCCACGAUGGAGUCAGCGAACAGUAACACAAGCAUUGAGGCCGAGGCCGACCAGAAACCGAUAAAGAUGCAGCGCACCAGCGGAGGGGCGCUGAAGUUCUCGAUUGCCAACAUUAUGGGCAGAGACGAGAACGAGGACAGCGAUACGGAGUUGCGGCGGAAGGACAAUCCGGAACCGUUUCAACCACCUCAAUCAUCCAGUCCACCGUCGGCUAGUUCCAGUCCUAGCUAUGAGCAGAACUCAACGAUGGCGGCGUAUGAUUCGGCGUUCAAAAAAUACGUACCCAGUUCCGUGCAUCAGUUUGUGGCCAACCGUCACCAGGAUCUGCUUAGUCAGUACCCACUGCUGUACUAUCCAGGUCAAUUGAUGUGUGCUGCCGCCGCCGCUCAGUAUGCGGCACUCACUCAGCAUCCGGUUUCACUUCUGAAUGGUUCACCACUGUCGAGCAUUGGCGCUGCCAGUGGAAGCAACGCAUCGGCGUUACACUCCUACGUGCCGGCGGCGAAUGCCUUGAGAGGGUUGGAAUCCUCCGCCAUGUCACCACCCCACCACUCAAUGAGUCAUCACAAAAAAGUGAAUCUAAACUCUUCAACAUCGUCGUCGUCUUCCUCCGGUGAACACAACACCUCAACCAACUCGACGAACUCGAACAGCUCACUGACGGCGGCAGCCCUCGCCAAACAGAAGACGUUUGCCUGCCCCGAAUGUGGGAAGGUAUUCAACGCCCACUACAAUCUGACCCGGCACAUGCCAGUCCACACCGGAGCCCGCCCAUUCAUCUGCAAAAUCUGCGGCAAAGGAUUUCGCCAGGCGUCCACUCUUUGCAGACACAAAAUCAUCCACACUUCGGAUAAACCGCAUAAAUGUCAAACUUGUGGAAAAGCUUUCAACCGAUCUUCAACCCUGAACACCCACACUCGCAUUCACGCCGGCUACAAGCCCUAUAUCUGCGAGUACUGUGGUAAAGGUUUCCACCAAAAGGGUAACUAUAAGAACCACAAACUGACCCACAGCGGCGAUAAAGCUUACAAAUGCGCCAUUUGCAACAAGGCGUUCCACCAGGUCUACAACCUAACCUUUCACAUGCACACCCACAACGACAAGAAACCCUUCACGUGUAAAAUUUGCGCCAAGGGAUUCUGUCGUAACUUCGAUCUCAAGAAGCACAUGCGAAAGUUGCACGACGUUAGCGUCAGUUCCAGCCUCAAACGUCAGCAGCAGCAGCAGCAGCAGCAACAGCAACAACAGCAACAGCACCAGCUGCAACAUGAGCAGCAUCACUCAAAUCAGCACCAAUCGGACCAAAGCCCUCACGGCUCCGGAUGGCCAGGAAGCGCAGCUUCCCCCUCGUCAGCCUCUCUGGCAGCCCUGUCUGCCUCACCGCUGAGCACCCUAUCAAGUCUUCAUCAUUCCGCCGUCGCAGCCGCUGCCCUCCGCUCGGGAGACUACGGUAGUCCCUUCCUGAUGCCUAACGCACGUGGCAGUCGGCUGGAUGCGCCCUUCAUUGGGAAGGUUUUCUGACAGAAGUAUUACCAGCAUACCUUCAACAACCACCAUCAUCACCAUCACCAGCAGCAGCACCCGAGCCCAUCGAAUAGCGCUUCCAACAACUCGGCGGUCGCUGCUGCCGCCGCCGCCGCCGGAGGAGGAUCACUGCUCUUCCAACAGCAGCAGCAGCAGCAGCAGCAGCAACAACAAUUGACCAGUCUGACCAAGAGUAUACUGAUCAACUAAUAGUCGGGAGUCGUGAUGUGCAUGUUCUCCCAAUUUUCCCACGUGGAAAAUCUGGGAUGAACAGUAGAAAAACAACCUGAGGUGAAGCGAUGGAAUAGUGCAAUAGAGGAACCAGAGAUAGGUUGCGUUUUAGGAUAUAGACUUAUCGCUCGGAAGUGAACCAGUGAUUUGAGUUAGUGAUCAACGAAAUGUGAAUUUAUUAGGAGUAGUUUCUUCAAGUGUGUAUAUAAUAGUACCAGGAACGUACGUCACAAGCACAAGCUUUCGAAAAGUGAUUGUGAGAAAAUUAUUCAACUCUUCUAGGUGUACAUUUAGGGGGUAGUGAGAUCGUUUUCUUCUACACAAAGAAUUGUAUAAAUUGGAACUAUCGAUUGAAAGUUGAUUGUAGGUAAAGCAGACGCAUCGGAGCGAAUGCAUUUGUAUAGAAUUGAAAGUGUAUAAAGUUAUAUGUAAUAGAAUGUGGUAAACCUAAAAUAAAAUGAAGAAAUAAAA